AUGGUAGUUCUACGUACUGGUGGAACUGCUCUUGACGCUAUCGAGAUCGCCGUGAAGGUUUUGGAAGAUCGUGAAAUCACCAAUGCUGGCUAUGGAAGCAAUCUGGCCAUUGAUGGAUGUGUCGAGUGUGAUGCUACCAUUGUCGAUCAUUUUGGUCGUAGCGGCGCUGUGGGAGCCGUCUCACGUUUGUCCUAUCAUAUCGAUACUUUCUCUCACUGA